AUGGGUCGAGUUGUUCUCUCCGUCAACGCCGGCAGUUCGUCCGUCAAGGUGAAUGUUUACCAUCUCAAGAAUCCGCCGGUAGAGGUUGCAGCUGCGAGUGUUAGUGGCCUGACGGCGCCGCCGAGCAUCUUCAAAUACAAUCAUGGCUCAAACCAGCAGAAGCACGAGAUAGAAGAGGAGAUCAAGAGCCCCCAGGAAGCUUUCAAAUAUAUACUGAAGAGGCUUCUGCACGACGAAGAGCUACAGGCCGUCAGCAGCAAUGUCGACUACGCCUAUGUUUGCCACCGAGUCGUGCAUGGAGGAGACCUGGAAAGGGAGGUUAUCAUUCAUGAGAAGACGUUCAGCUAUCUCGAGACACUGCAAGAUCUAGCUCCGUUGCAUAAUACCUCUGCAUUGGAAAUUAUCAAGACAUGCCUCAAGGAGGUUCCAUCUGCAAAGUCGGUGGCCUAUUUCGAUACCACUUUCCAUCACAGCCUACCAGAAUAUAUAAAGACAUACCCAAUCAACCCCGACGUAGCCAAGACGAAGAUGUUGAGGAAAUAUGGCUUUCAUGGGAUUAGCUUCUCGUUCAUCCUGCGAUCUGUAUCGGAGUUCAUGAAGAUGUCAGCCUCGAGAAUAAAUAUGAUUGCACUGCAUCUGGGAAGUGGUGCAUCUAUUUGUGCUAUCCAAGGUGGUAAAUCUAUAGAAACCACGAUGGGUCUCACUCCGCUAUCUGGGCUUCCCGGUGCAACCAGAAGCGGAGACAUCGAUGCAAGUCUUGUAUUCCAUUACACAUCUGAGGCCGGCAAGCUGAGUUCCUCGAGCACCAAAGAAAUGCACAUUAGCAAGGCUGAAGAAAUUCUUAACAAGCAGUCAGGCUGGAAGGCAUUGACUGGAACCACCGACUUUUCACAGAUUGGAACCGACAAUCCACCAAGUAAGAUGCAUAAGCUGGCCUUUGACAUCUUUGUUGACCGUAUUAUUGGGUUUAUCGGCAACUAUUUUAUCAAGCUGAAUGGAAAUUUAGAUGCCCUAGUGUUUGCAGGGGGUAUCGGUGAGCAAAGUGCCUUGCUGAGGAGUAAGGUGGCAGAGAAAUGCCGAUGCCUCGGAGUUACUAUAGAUGAUAAAGCAAAUGCCAUUGGUGUUUCUAAGGAGGAUCAGACAGUGGUAGACAUUUCUCAAAAUUCGGGUCAGCGGCCCGUUGCCCUUAUUUGCCGGACGGACGAAGCUUUCGAAAUGGCAUAUCAGUGCAUGAAUAACCCGCCAAAGGAGCAACCAACGAAUCUACAGUCAGACUGA